GCUGCUUUUCACCCCUUGCUUUCGUUUUUUCUUCUCUUUCGCUUUUUCUCUCGCUUGAUUUAAACGUUGAUAGGAUCGCAAGGCAACGGUGUUUAUGCUCUGGACGCGAUUUAUUUGAAUUUUUUUGGUGGUGAUCUGAGGACGUGCUGGAUCUUUGAGGCUGUGAAUGGCUUCAUUUUGAGAAGAGUUCUUAUGCCAUGCGUUCUGUUAUAGAUCCCUAGUUUCAGUGGAUGGCUUCAGUUAAUGUGGUGCCCUCAUUGGGGUUGAGAAAUAACGCUGCUGUUGACAAACUUCCUGAUCAAAUGAAUGACAUGAAAAUUAGAGAUGAUAAGGAAUUAGAGGCGACGGUAGUGGACGGGAAUGGGACAGAGACUGGUCAUAUAAUUGUAACAACCAUCGGAGGUAGAAAUGGUCAGCCAAAGCAGACCAUUAGCUACAUGGCUGAGCGGACUGUUGGGCAAGGAUCUUUUGGAGUUGUGUUUCAGGCAAAAUGUCUUGAGACUGGUGAAACAGUUGCUAUAAAGAAAGUUCUUCAAGACAAGAGGUACAAGAACCGAGAGCUGCAGACAAUGCGUCUUCUUGACCAUCCAAAUGUAGUUUCCCUGAAGCAUUGCUUCUUUUCAACGACUGAGAAGGAUGAAUUGUACCUUAACUUGGUUCUAGAGUAUGUACCAGAAACCGUUCAUCGUGUGGUUAAACACUACAACAAGAUGAAUCAACGGAUGCCACCGAUAUAUGUGAAGCUUUAUACUUACCAGAUAUUCAGAGCCUUAGCUUAUAUUCAUGGUAGCAUUGGGGUGUGCCACAGAGACAUCAAGCCGCAAAACCUUCUGGUUAAUCCUCAUACUCACCAGCUUAAACUGUGCGACUUUGGAAGUGCGAAAGUCCUGGUAAAAGGCGAGCCGAAUAUAUCAUACAUUUGUUCUAGGUAUUACAGGGCCCCGGAGCUCAUAUUUGGUGCUACUGAAUAUACCACAGCAAUUGACAUCUGGUCUGGUGGCUGUGUACUUGCCGAACUCAUGCUUGGACAGCCUCUCUUUCCCGGUGAGAGUGGAGUAGACCAGCUCGUUGAAAUUAUCAAGGUUUUAGGUACACCAACAAGAGAGGAAAUUAAGUGUAUGAAUCCAAAUUAUACAGAAUUCAAGUUCCCGCAAAUUAAGGCUCAUCCAUGGCACAAGAUCUUCCACAAACGAAUGCCACCAGAAGCUGUGGACCUGGUGUCUAGACUUCUUCAAUAUUCACCACACUUGCGAUCCACUGCAAUGGAAGCUUUGAUUCAUCCAUUCUUCGAUGAGCUUCGGGAUCCAAACACCCGCUUGCCGAACGGACGUUUUCUUCCACCACUCUUUAAUUUCAAGCAACAUGAGCUGAAAGGAGUGCCAAUGGAGACUCUGGUGAAGCUGAUCCCCGAGCAUGCGAGAAAGCAAUGCGCCUUCUUAGGAUUUUAGUAUUGCAAUUCAAUCAUGACUAGCCAAUGUGUUGUAUUUGUGUACCUUUUAGGUGAUUUGUUUUGAGGUCCAUGAGCCAGCAGCAACACAACAGAUAUGUUCUUGUGGAACCUAUUGUUUGUUUAUCCAGUGUUUUUUUUUCUUCAUUUGUAAUACCAUUUAGUUUAUGAACCAAACCAGAAACUUUGUAUUGUGCUUUCUACUAACCCUUCAUCACUUUAUAGUAACAGUACUAGUAUUUGUUC